CGGGAGCGCCUCGGCCUCUCGGCGGCCGUCAGCCUGGCAGCUCCCAGGGAUGCUGACCGCGAGCUCACCCAGAGGCUCAUCGAGACCCUGCAGCCUUUUGGGGUGUUCGAGGAGGAAGAGGAGCUGCAGCGCAGGACAUUAAUUUUGGAAAAGUUAAACAAUCUGGUGAAGGAAUGGAUACGAGAAAUCAGCGAAAGCAAGAACCUUCCCCAACCUAUCCUUGAAAAUGUUGGGGGCAAACUUUUCACGUUCGGCUCUUACAGACUAGGAGUCCACACGAAAGGGGCUGAUAUUGAUGCUCUGUGUGUUGCCCCGAGACAUGUUGAUCGGAGCGACUUUUUCACCUCUUUCUACGAGAAAUUGAAACUACAGGAGGAAGUCAAAAAUUUAAGGGCUGUUGAGGAGGCAUUUGUACCAGUUAUCAAACUGUGUUUUGCUGGGAUAGAGAUUGAUAUUUUGUUUGCAAGGUUAGCAUUGCAGACUAUUCCAGAAGAUUUGGACCUAAGAGAUGACAGUCUGCUUAAAAAUUUAGAUAUUAGAUGCAUAAGAAGUCUUAAUGGUUGCCGAGUAACUGAUGAAAUUUUACAUCUAGUACCAAAUAUUGACAACUUUAGAUUAACUCUGAGAGCCAUCAAAUUGUGGGCCAAAUGCCACAAUAUCUAUUCGAAUAUAUUAGGUUUCCUUGGAGGUGUUUCCUGGGCCAUGCUAGUAGCAAGAACUUGCCAGCUUUAUCCAAACGCAGUAGCAUCAACUCUUGUACGUAAAUUUUUCUUGGUGUUUUCUGAAUGGGAAUGGCCAAAUCCAGUGUUACUGAAAGAGCCUGAGGAACGAACUCUUAAUUUGCCUGUGUGGGACCCAAGGGUAAAUCCCAGUGAUCGCUACCAUCUUAUGCCUAUAAUUACACCAGCAUAUCCACAGCAGAACUCUACUUACAAUGUGUCUGUUUCAACCAGGAUGGUCAUGAUUGAGGAGUUUAAGCAGGGGCUUGCUAUCACACAUGAAAUUUUGCUGAAUAAGGCAGAGUGGUCCAAACUCUUUGAAGCUCCAAGCUUCUUUAAAAAGUACAAGCAUUAUAUUAUGCUUCUGGCAAGUGCACCAACAGAAAAACAACAUCUAGAAUGGGUGGGCUUGGUGGAAUCAAAGAUCCGAAUCCUGGUUGGGAGCUUGGAGAAAAAUGAAUUUAUUACACUGGCACAUGUGAAUCCCCAGUCAUUUCCAGCACCCAAGGAAAAUCCGGACAAGGAAGAAUUUAGUACAAUGUGGGUGAUUGGGUUAGUGUUAAAAAAGCCAGAAAACUCCGAAAUUCUCAACCUUGAUCUCACCUAUGAUAUUCAGUCUUUUACAGAUACAGUUUAUAGACAAGCAGUACAUAGUAAGAUGUAUGAGGUGGACAUGAAAAUUGCUGCAAUGCAUUUAAGGAAAAAGGAACUUCAUCAACUACUUCCUGAUCAUGUUCUUCAGAAAAAGAAAACACACUCAGCAGAAGGUGUAAGAUUGGCGGCUAUGGAUGACAGCAGCCUCUGUUUGUCUGUAGACAGUGAAAACAUCUUAACAGUGCCUUUACCUACUGGCACUCAGGACAGAAACAGCCCUGCUCUGGCUGUAAUGGCAGCUUCUGUGACCAAUAUGCCGGCUCCUGAAGUUUCUCUGCAACAGGUGAAUCCUAGUGAAACCUCAGGGGUUGCACUGAGUGAAAGCAUUUCUCAAACUCCCUUACAACCUACUGUUUCUCCACCAACAAAGCCCACAGUCACUAGAGUUGUUCCUUCAACACAUCUGGUAAACCAUCCUCCUGACCUUCAGGAAAUACAGCAACAAACAUACCUAACCCUAUAGUAGGUGUCUAGAGGACAUCUCACCUCAUAAAGAAGAAUGUGCCAAGAAAACCAAAGAAAGGGGGCAACCAGACAGAUAAGCACAGCUAGGUUAGAAAUUGUUCAGACAGCAGCUUCUCUGUUGGCCUCCCAGGAAACUUCUAGCACAGAUAGACCCAGGAUCCCUGCUCUCCCUGCAGAUUUUAUUCCUGCUACCAAAAACUCAUUGAAACAGAUUGAGCAGAUAGAAACAAUCCCAAGGGCCCACAAACUAUCUGGCAAGUCAGUCUGUUUUGAGAUGCUACAGAAGGAGUUAGGGUACCAGGCUAGGUAUGACUCAAAAUAGAUCUAUGCUCAUUUAACUUCCUUUACUGGCCAAAUGUUGACCAGAAGUUAAGUAUAUGAAGCUAUGAGUACUAUUAAUGCCUCAGAUUAUUAAUGAGUCAGCAACAGUCACGUUAUCUUAUUACAAAAGACUACUACACUUAAAAAAGAGCUAUAUUUAUAGCCAUGACUGUCAUCUGGACUGAAUCUAUGUUUGAUGCAUUGUUGGGAAAAUUUGUAAUACAAACUAGUAUCAGAAUUCUUUUUAUUAAUGAUGUACUUUAUAUUUUUUAAAGUUAGGAACUAGAGCAAAUUUUGGAUUUUAACUUGGUGAAUUUUAGUUUUUUGUUUGUUUGUUUGUUUGUUUGUGUUUGUUUUCCUGGAGUGG